AACUAAACCAAGUAGGGGGAAAAUCUGACGCAGUGUUAAUCUAGGCGUUGCUGCUGUUUCACUCCCUCUUGAGCAGUAAGGACUAGUUUACGAGAGAUCACAGGCAGAGAGAUGAGCGAGGCACAAGGAUGAGACGUUGGCCGCUGUUUGAUUUCAUGCUUUGUUUUUUGAUAAUAGGACGCGAUUGGAUGCCACGAUACUAGAGAAUGUGCUGGCGAGGCCAGCCCAACCGCCUGUGUUCUAAAAUGGAUUUGAAAUUUCGGUAGGUUUCCCUGUUCAUUGUGCGGUCCGCGGCCGUAGAUAAAGAUGCGUAAAGCACUGCUUGCCAAGUCCAGUAUUGAUUCGAUUGAAAAGCAUGAUGUUUUCUUGUUCUUGCUCGAAAUGGAAUUACUGUCGUUUUCUCUGUUUGGAUUGUUCAUGAUAAGAACACUAAUCGAUGACACAAGGGCACCUAGACCACCAUAUUGCCAGGAUAAUUGAUGAUUCCUCCCAAUGAAAACAAGGAGGUGUCGGUCUGCAAAACCAUGGGGGACAAGGAGAACAAUCUCAAAACGGCUAAAUUGUGGAGAGAUGCUGCACUCCGCUCUAGGAAGCUGCGAAGCAACCUGCGACAACUCACCCUCUGCUCCCAAAACAGGGAGAAGAUCAUUCUACCUGAAAAUAUAAGCGAUAUAGAGGUACUCAAUCUGGGCAAUAACUCGUUGCACGAGCUACCAGAAGGAUUGGGGGCAACCCUCACAAACCUGCGUAGCCUUGUCCUCCGCAGGAAUAAAUUUGUCACAGUUCCUUUUGUGGUGUUUGAACUGGGUCCUCUUGUGGAGCUGGACAUGAGCCACAACUGCUUGGGCCACUUCUCUGAGGACAUAGGUCUGCUCAAGGGGCUGAAAAAGCUCUGCAUCAGUCACAACAACAUCCAGUACCUGCCAUCACAGAUUGGGGCACUGCAUUGUUUAGAGGAGCUGGACAUAAGCUUCAAUGACAUAUGUGAUUUCCCGAGGUCCUUCUCACAGCUCAAGAGGCUCCGUUCUCUGGAUGCUGAUCACAAUAAGCUGAACCAGUUUCCCCCAGAGAUUCUUGCCCUCAGUGACAUGGAGGAGCUCGACUGCUCUGGAAAUACGUUUGCGUGUCUACCAGAUGACAUCAUUAAGCUGCAGUCCAUCAAGAACCUGUGGCUCAGCAGCAUUCACAUCUCCACGUUACCAGACACGUUCUGUCACCUGCAAAACCUAGAGAGCCUGAUGCUGGACAGUAACAACCUCACAGCUCUGCCUCAUUCCUUUGGCAACCUGCAGAGACUUAAAAUGGUCAAUCUAUCCUCUAAUGAGCUUGAGGAGUUUCCCCAGGUUAUCCUAAACAUCACAGGACUAGAAGAGCUUUACCUGAGCAGAAAUAAACUGUCUUUUGUUCCAGAGGAGAUAGGCCAGCUGCAUAGGCUGGCAAACCUCUGGUUAGACAAUAAUAACAUUACUUAUCUGCCCAACUCCAUUGUGGAGCUAAAUAGAUUGGAGGAGCUUGUUUUACAGGGUAACCAAAUAGCCAUACUUCCAGAUAACUUUGGAAAACUCUCCAAGGUAAACAUUUGGAAGGUGAAGGAUAACCCCCUCAUCCAGCCUCCCUAUGAGGUCUGUAUGAAGGGGAUCCCCUACAUCGGUGCUUAUCAAAAGGAACUCGCACAUUCCCAGCUGGCUGUGAAACCCAGGUUAAAACUGGUCCUGAUGGGAAUGAAAAAUGCUGGGAAAACACAGCUCAGGCAGAGUGUUGUGAGUGAGCAGCAGGAUGCCAACUCUGCUCAGGGAAACAAAGGGGUUGAUGUGACUAACUGGGUAGCGGACGCCGAUCGCAGUCUUACAUUUUUAGUGUAUGACCUGUCAGGGAAGCCAAACUAUGACCUCAUCAAACCUUUUUUUCUCUCACCUGGUGCUCUGUACAUCCUUGUUGUGAAUCUGAAAGCAUACUCACCCAAGAGCUUUUACACCCACGUGGGCUACUUCCUCCACCUCCUCAAUGCCAAAGUGCCCCACGCUGUGGUCUGCAUGGUGGGCACGCACACAGACCUGUGUGGAGACAUGGAGGUGGAGGGGAAGAGCCUUGAUAUCCACAGACAGAUUUCCCUGCAGGAGAAGUGGGACACCCAUUGCCUGCGGAGCCUUGCCCAUCAGGUGGACCAGGCCCUGGAGCAGGGCUACAACGUCCGCACCUCCAGCCCUCACAUCCUCUUCUACGGCGUCACAGACAAAAACCUGAGACGGAAGAAAGCCCAGCUGCAGUACAUGCUGAACCACAGGCUACAGAUCCUGUCCCCUGUCCUGUGUGUCAGCUGCACGGAGAGCCAGAUAAAUAUCCAGAGGCUGAGGGAGAAGCUCAUGUCAGUGGCUGACCAUCGCGACAUCUUCCCCAACCUCCACCGCGUGCUGCCCAAGUCCUGGCAGAUGCUGGAGGAGCUGCACUUUAAGCCCCAGGAUCUGUGGCUCUCGUGGUGGGACUCGGCCGGUUUGGGCCUCCAGGCUGGGCUCACGGAGGACCGCCUGCAGAGUGCCCUGUCCUACCUACACGAGAGUGGGAAGCUACUCUACUUCGAGGACAGUCUGACACUAAAGGAGUAUGUCUUCCACAACCUGCCACGCUUCAUUGCCAUCCUCAACGUCUUCUUCCAGAGGGAUGAGUCCACGCUGCUGGAGAGACUACUAUCGGACAGUGAGAAGGGGGACAAGAGGAGGGCUAGUGUAGUUAUAGAUGGGGAGAAGGGAGAGAACCUCAGGGCUACCCAUCUACAGCACCAAGUGGAGGGCUUCCUCAGCCACGGCCUCCUGUCUUCUAACGUCAUCCGGCUGCUCCUGAGACCUCUCAUCCAAACCCAGCAGGACCUCCACCUCAUCAUGGAGCUGCUAGAGAAGAUGGGGGUCUGCUACUGCAUUAACAAGCCCCGCAGCAAGCCUCUGAACGGGGCCACCGUCUGGUACAGGUUCCCCAGCUAUGUCAGCAAUGAGGAGCCCCAUGCCGAGGCCUGGGUGAACGGCAGCUCAGUGGCUGCUAGUCAGUUCUUCUCUGUGGAGCAGCUGCAGAUUGAAUACAGCUUCCCCUUUCUCUUCCCUCCUGGACUGUUUGCACGCUACAGUGUGCAGAUCAACAGCCAUGUGGUUCAGCGGUCAGACAGUAGGCACCAGAUCUUUGCCUAUCGCGGUAAAGUGCCUGUGGUGGUCAGUUACCAGCCGGCUCGGGGCAGGCUGCAGGCCGAGUCACUGUCCAUAGCCAGCCAUGCCUCCCUGCCAAAUAUCUGGACUGCUUGGCAAGCGAUAAUCCCACUGGUUGAGGAGCUGAAUGUCCUUCUGCAGGAGUGGCCCGGGCUCUACUACACUGUUCAUGUUCUGUGUUCCAAGUGCCUCAAGAGAGGGUCACCCAACCCACACACCUUUCCGGGUGAGCUGCUAAGCCAGCCGCGCCCCGAGGGGCUGACUGAGAUCAUCUGCCCAAAGAAUGGUUCGGAGCGGGUCAACGUGGCACUGGUUUACCCCCCUAUGCCCACCGUGGUCAGCCCCUGUCUCAAAUGAGCCCUUCUGCCUAGCCUCUACUGUCCUGUCUGCCUCUCUAGCCAACUCCUGAGUCUGAACACCACACCCCAGCUCUCCCUCUGAAUCUCCUCAACCUACCCAGGCAGCAGCCUGACUGGACACAUAGCCAUGCAAGGUCACAGAGAUAUGCACCGUCAGCUGGAUGGAGCAGAGCAGAUAACUGUUAUCCAGCUGUUACUACAUGCCUCACCAUGGUGACAAAGAUGGUAUUAAAGGACUUUGACUGAAAGCAAACCUGGGUUGUUAAGACCCAUGCAAGCCAUCCAGAAGCAGUGUCUUUUCCAACUACUCUCUACUGCCCUCAAACUCUGACAAACCUCUGCCUACAACCUACCCAAGACGAAACACAGGAAAUCAACCUAUCCAUGCUAUCAAUUCAACAACAAGAGAGAUGAGUGGGCAAAGACUUGGAAUGGUUUCUCUCUUUACUACUUAGUGGUGUCAUGAAAUGUCGGAAACCUCUUGGCUGGACUGCUACCCAUUCUAACUUCCAGUAAUGCUGCAUAUUCUGUCCACAUGUCAAGGUUGUGAUUGAUGAACGUAGGAAAGAGAACUGACUUAACCUCCUACGUUAUCAUGCUGUUUGUAAACCAAAUAUUGUCUUGUAUAGCCAAAUACAUGAACCACAUUCUCCUGAACACACAUUACCCAUGUACAGACCUUAUUCUUUGCUUUAGCCUUUGUGAAUGGACAGAUGUAUCAUAUGAAGUAAAUGCUGGGUCUUACAUAUUAUGACAGACAUACUGAACAAAAAUAUAAAUGCAACAUGCACCAAUUUCAAAUAUGUUACUUAGUUACAGUUCAUAUAAGGAAAUCCAGUCAAUUGAAAUAAAUGAAAUGGGCUCUAAUCUAUGGAUUUCAAAUGACUGGGAAUACAAAUAUGCAUCACAGAUAACUUUAAAAAAAUAAGGGCAUGGAUCAUCAAACCAGUCAGUAUCUGGUGGAUAUUCCUGCAGUUAGCAUGCAAAUUGCAUUCUCCCUCAACUUGGGACAUCUGUGGCAUUGUGUUUUGUGACAAAACUGCACAUUUCAGAGUGGCCUUUUAUUGUCCCCAGCACAAGAUGCACGGGUGUAAUGAUCAUGCUGUUUAAUCAGCUUAUUGAUAUGCCACACAUGUCAGGUGGAUGGAUUAUCUUGGCAAAGGAGAAAUGCUCACUAACAGGGAUGUAAACAAAUUUGUGCACAAAAUGUAAGAGAAAUAAGCUGUUUGUGUGGAUGGAAAAUUUCUGGAAUCUUUUAUUUCAGCUCAUGAAACAUGGGACCAACACUUUACAUGUUGUGUUUUAUAUUUUUGUUGAGUGUUAUGUAAGAUCAGGGGACUGCCUUUAUGCCAAGGAAAUUCCAGUUCAGCUGGAUUUGAAAAGAUGUUUCAUUUUAACAUAUCCUGACCAAACCAUGGUGUGAUGUAUAUGUGAUAUGCCAUUUCAACUUCAGUAAGAAAGGUACUCGGUUUCUCAUUAGACUUGUUAAAAAAUUAUCAUUGUAUGUAAAUAAAAUAUAAUGUUCUCUAAAGGAAACAGAAAAAGAAGACCUCUGAGUCAUAAGACUGGUCAUGUUGGAAGAGGAAUUUAUUUCAAGAUGUUUUUUCACUGCCAUGGGGAGAUACUGCAAUAUGUUUAAAACAUGGAAGAAACAAGUUAAUACACCAUUUGUGUGUAAUAUCUUUAUUUUUGUAUGUCAACACUCAGCCACAACAUCGCACUGUAAAUAAUGUUGUCUUGGCCAAUGUGAGAGUGUACAUACAAUUUUAUAUGUAGCUGGUCAAAGUAUGCCAAGUACUGGUUUUAAUAUUACCAUAUUGUUGAGUCUUUUUAAUUUCACCCUUUUUCUCCCCAAUUGGUAGUAGUUAGUCUUUUCUCAGCGCUGCAACUCCCGUAGGGACUCGGGAGAGGCGAAGGUCGAGAGCCUCCCAAAAACAACCCAACCUAGCCACACUGCUUCUUGACACAACGCACAUCCAACCCGGAAGCCAGCCGCACCAAUGUGUCGGAGGAAACAUACCCUUGGCGACCGGCCCGCCACAGGAGUCGCUAGUGCGCGAUGAGACAAGGAUAUCCCUGCCGGCCAAACCCUACCUAACCCGGACGACGAUUUGCCAUGGACCUCCCGGUCGCGGCCGGCUACGACAGAGCCUGGGCUCGAACACAGAAUCUCUGGUGGUACAUUGCGAUGCAGUGCCUUAGACCUGCGUCACCCGGGAGGCCCCGUCUUUUUCAUUUCUACUUUUUUUUUUUUUUACACAUUACUACCAAAGAUUUUUAUAACUAAACCAAGAUAGACCACAGCCUGUCGUUUCAAAUGCGAACAACUCAGUUAUAGUGGAAAGAACAAGCAAGGAGGUGGGCAGAGCCAAGCACGAGCUAGCAUACAUUUGCAUAUGUCUGUUAGGGAAGGCAUACUCUGUGAAUUGCGCGUGUGCAAUAAUUCAAUUAGCCUUUUCCCUCCUAAACAACAAAUAAAAUUGAAACUUUUGUUAGAGAUUCUAGUUUUCGAAACAGAAAACUGUAUUGAGAUUAAAUGUUUAAUCGAUGAGAAAAUUAGCAUAAUUUUGGCCAAAAUCCAUCUCGUUCCAUUUUCUCCUACUGCCAGCCACUGGGCUUCCUCCGUGGUAACGCCAAGCUGAUGCUUCACAUUUAUACAUCUGGUGAAAUAUCUGUCUCAUUGUUCUAUCUGUGCUACUACUGUAGAUAUGAUGGCUCUAGGACCUUUUAUGGGAAUAAUAUUUCGAUACUGCUCGAUGACUGUUUAUAUAUCUUGACAUUGAGGAUCACAACAAAUAACAUUUCUGAAACAAAAUGUCACACAUUUUACAUAUUGAUUAGAGUCGAGAGGCUAGUUUCUCUACCCUCUGUAUUUGAAUGGAAGUUCUUACUCUGGUUCUGCCAACUACACAUUAAAUCAAAUCAAUUUGUAUUUGUCACAUGUGCCGAAUAAAACAGGUGUAGACCUUACAGUGAAAUGCUUACUUACAAGCUCUUUCCCAACGAUGCAGAGUUAAAUAAGAUUUUCUUUUUUAAAUGCAUGAGAAACAAAACACACAAGAAUGAAGCUAUAGUAUAUACAAGUAGUACCAAUACCAUAUCAAUGUGCAGGGAUAUGUGGUAAUUGAGGUAGAUAUGUACAUGUAGGCAGGGGUAAAGUGACAAAGCAUCAGGAUAUACACUCAGUGGUAAGUUUAUUAUGUACACCCAUCUUGUACCGGGUCGGACCCUCCUUUGCCUCCAGAACAGCCUGACUGCCAUCAGCAUGCAUGACACAACAGGAAUCAUUAUUCGUCAUACCAGGCAAUGUUUUUCAACUUUACAAAGUCUGUUGGAAAGCACACUGAACCAGGUUUUCCUCUAGGAUUUUGGAUGUGCUUAGCUCUAUUUUGUUUAUUUAAAUCUUUAAAAAAGUCAGUGCCGAUGACAAGCAUACCCAUAACAUGAUGCAGCCACCACCAUGCUUGAAAAUAUGAGGAGCGGUAUUCAGUGAGGUGCUGUGUUGGAUUUACCCCAAACAUAACACUUUGUAUUCAGGACAUUAAGUGAAUUUCUUUGCCACAUUUUUUGCAGUUUUACUUUAAUGCCUUAUUGAAAACUGGAUGCAUGUUUUGGAAUAUUUUUACUCUGUACAGGCUUCCUUCUUUUCACUCUUGUCAUUUAGGUUCGUUUUGUGGAGUAACUACAAUGUUUUGAUCCAUCCUCAGUUUUCUCCUAUCACAGCCAUUAAACUAUGUAACAAUUUAAAAGUCACCAUUGGCCUCAUGGUGAAAUCCAUGCGUGAAAUCCAUCCUUCCUCUCCGGCAACUGAGUUAAGGACACUUGUAUCUUUGUAGUGACUGGGUGUAUUGAUACACAAUCCAAAGUCUAAUUAAUAACUUCACCAUGCUCAAAGGGAUAUCCAAUGUAUGUUUUGUUGUUGUGUUUUUUUCAUCUACCAAUAGAUGCCCUUCUUUGCGAGGCAUUGGAAAAUA